AUGGAUGCCUACCUGCUGUUCCCGUGCCUGAUGAUGCUACUGGCUAUGUGUAUGGAUUAUCAAUGUGUAGAUGCAAAUGAAGACCAGGGCAAUCAACUGCGAGGCCUCUGGAGGUUGUCAAUGAAAGACCCAAAGCAGAAAGGUGUGCCACCUCCUCAUCCAAUCAGAGGAUUGGUCAAACAACAGCUGCUGUACUGCCGUGUUGGGAUAGGAUACCAUCUCCAGGUCCUGUCCAAUGGAACUGUAGGAGGAGUGCAUGAACCAACUGAACAUAGCUUGCUGAAGGUGUUUGCCAUGAAGCGUGGUGUUGUGGGCAUCAGAGGCAUCAAGACUGGCUUGUAUAUCUGUAUGAGCCAAGAGGGCAUCGCACACGGAGCAGUACAGUUCUCAUCUGACUGUCUGUUCAAGGAGAGCCUGGAGGAGAACCACUACACUACCUUUUCCUCCCUGUCUCAUCCAGGCAUCUACUUGGCCCUGUCCCAUAAAGGAGAGGCCAAGAGGGGGACCAGCGUUGGGAGACUCCAGCCCUGCACACACUUCCUCCCCCGCAGAGCUCCAUAAGUAACCCCUGUGCAACCCUUUUACAACCUUUCUACAACCAAUGACCCCAACCCAGGGGUCACAACUGUAACUGUGAGGAGAAUCCUGUAAAUCCCUACAAUUUUGAAAUAACCCAAACUGUUGGGCAUUUCACGCUUUUACCCAGUGUGACUGAUAUACUUGAAAUUACAUUGGAAACAGUGUAGCAACUGAAGAAAAGCAAAUUGCCAUAUAAUGGUAGACUAACUCUAAGGGUCAACGCACACACAAUCCUUGUGAUGCUCUGUUAGUAUAAUUGGAUGUAACUGGACUGGAUUGGAUUUCGAACAUCUGUUCGAAAUAUGAAGAUAUUUAUGGACAAAAAUAUUAGUUUUUUAAAUCUACAGUUUCAGUCAGAUUGAGUUGAGACAAAACAUUUUAGUGGCCCCCCUCAUGAUGGUUGAAAGAAAAGUGAUGGUAGUUGAAAAGUUAAUUUCCUGCAAUUCUACAAAUUUUGCCAUCAGAAGUAGAGAACAUGUUACCAAAUGUUACCAUAUUAUUUUUUUAAAUUAUGUAAUUCUAUACAUUUUGAGAGAACAAAAUAGCAGUUUUACAGCACAUUUCCUGAAUAUCUACCCAUUUUUCCGUGUCUUAUGCCAUGUUGAUAAUAUCUGAGUGAGUGUGACUAACAAAAUCAAUGUGGGCCCCCUGGAGUUCAGGGCUCCUGGACACCUUCACUGUGUGCCUGGUCAGUAUUCAUCCAUGAUUACUAAGUUAGAUAGCUGGCUAGACAAACUUACCAAUCCAAAAAAUUUUGCGACUGUCAGUGACGGACAUAACAAGAGAAAAACUGCUGAUGUACAACCCAAUUUUGGGGGUUUUGGGAAAGGCAGCCCUAUGCAACCACUUAUGUUCAUAUGCCUGCAGCCAGCCUUGAUAUUUAUUACAAUCUACUAUGAAUAUACACUUCCCUCUGUAUGUAUUUGGACAGUGUUGCAAAAAUAAAUAUUUGUUUGGUUCUAUA